AUGCUCCUGCUCCUCCUCCUCCUCGGGGCUCCUCUGGUCUCGGCUCAGGUCUGGAGGUUUGGCCCCUGUCCACAUGUUGAGACGCAGCAGGGCUUCCAAGUGUCCAAGUACCUCGGUCGUUGGUAUGAAAUCACUAAACUCCCAGCAUCCUUUGAGAGCGGGAAGUGUAUCCAGGCAAACUACGCCCUGAGGUCUGACGGAACCAUCCAGGUCCUCAACGUCGCGACAGAGUAUGAUGGGAGGAUGAUCGCGAUCGAAGGCACAGCUGCAGUGAGAGAUCCGUCUGAAGCCUCCAAACUGACCGUCAGCUUCUCUCCCUUCACGCCCCCGGGCUCUUACUGGGUGCUGUCCACAGACUAUGACCGUGUGUCCGUGGUCUACUCUUGCACCGACAUCCUUCGUCUCGCUCACUUUGAGUUCGCUUGGAUCCUGUCCCGGACCGAGACCAUCAGCAACGAGACCCGGUCCAGGGCUGAGCAGGUCCUGGUCCAGGCCCAGGUCAAGAUGAAGGAGUUGGUUUGUCUGAGCGUCCUGCUGUGUGUCUUCUGCUCCUUCAGCGAGGCCAGAAUCAUCGUCCCAGAAGGAGUGCCCUAUGACGAGGCCCCGGCCGUGCCCUACUGGCCCUACUCCACCUCGGACUUCUGGAACUACGUGGAAUACUUCAAGUCCAUCGGAGCCUACGACCGGAUCAACGAGAUGGCGAGGGCCUUCUUCGCUCACCAGCACCUGGGGGACACGCUGGGCUACGAGACCAACGAGGGCCACGAGCACUGA